CUCCUUCAACCACGUCCCCCUGCAGCUGCAGCCCUCUGGCUCUGAUCUGUGGAUUUACUGGAUGGACAUGUCUGAUACAGUUAAACCUCGGACUUCCUUCCUCAUAGAGGACAUCCUGUCCAUCAAGGACAGCACGAGAUUUAAUGGCAAAUGCAGUUCACAGAAGAUGGAGAGAUGUUCGUCGUGGGAGGAGGAAGAGUCUGAAAAGUUGACAGAGAAACUCUGUGCUCAGGAGACAGUGUCUGGAGAACACUCAGGGUCUCUGAACACCUCCUGUCCCAUCACCCCAGAGUCCAGAAGUAUGUUCACCACAGGGAAACAAAGACGCUCUCGAGCUGCGUUCACACACCUCCAAGUGCUGGAACUGGAGAAGAAAUUUAACCACCAGAAAUACCUGUCAGCCCCGGAGCGGGCUCACCUGGCCAACGCCCUGAGACUGACUGAGACCCAGGUGAAAAUCUGGUUUCAGAACCGGAGGUACAAAACCAAACGAAAGCAGCAGACGUCAGAGUUCAGUAAGGAUGUGUACAGAGCCGAGGGCCUGAGAGAGGAAUUAGUGCGGUCGUCCCUGAUCACCUCUUUCUGCAAAGCUUACCAGUACAGACCCUACCUGUGGGACUACAGUGGCCCCUGGGGACCAACGUUAUGGUGAAAGUGACACUGUGAUUUUAAAUCAUGUGUGGUAUUCCUGAUAUUUAGGCUCAAUGUUCCUUAUCAAAGAUGAUUCCUUACUCACAGAAUCAUAUGUGUAAAAGCAUGAAUGAAUAUGAUGUGGUUUUGCACAAAAAACCAUUAAAUCACUGAAUUCACUUGUGGCAUUAUUGAUUAAUUGACUGAUUAAUAAACCAAUACUGAUACAUUUCAUCUGCCUUCCCAUUAAAAUG